AUGGAAAGAGAAGAGAGUGAAGAAAAAAUUCCUGAAUCAUGUCAAAGGUUCGAUUACGUUUUAGGAAGAAAAGCGACAACUAAGUUGCGGGCACACUUGAAAACAUUUAUUUCGCAGACUCAAUCAAAUAUCCAAUAUCAACAGAAUAGUCAGGAUGGUGGAACAUGCGCAAAUUAUUUCUCAACAAUCAAUCGACUACAAAAGCUUGACUGA